CGCGGGGCUCCCGCCCGCUGACACCGCCGAGGCGGCUCUGCACGGCGCGGCGCGGCGGAGAGCGGCGCGGCCGCUCGGGGAUGGCCGCCGGGGCCGCCCCCGCCCAGCGCCGCCGCUGAGAUCCUUCCCUCCGGGGCACCGGCCCGGCAGGAUGUAACCACUAAGGAGGGAGAGACUGGGACAAUGGAGCAUGCACAGCACUAAUGGAAUGAGCGUAGGAAAGAGGAUAUCUCUGGAGACCCUUAGAAACCAUUUCCCAGUGGAUCUAAUCUGGCUACUGUGCUCUGGAAGAGGAGGAGAGCGAGCCAGCAGGAGAGAGAGGAGAGAGCGAGGACCAGCGCAGAUAACGAGCCCGCGCCAUGCAGUCCUUUCGAGAAAGGUGUGGUUUCCAUGGCAACCAGCAGAGCUACCAGCCGGCUUCACAAGACACAUCACGCCUGGAGAAUUACAGGCAUCAAAGUCAGGCAGGGCCGAACUGCGAGCGGCAGAGGCUGGUGGCGAAGGAGUACUACAGUCAGCAGCAACUGCCAUACGCGGGCUACGAGAACAGCACCGUGGAGAAAUACCACCGGGGGAACAAGCAAUUAGCAGGGCAGCAGCUGCAAGGCAGGCCAGCCUUUUCCAGUUACACCGUGCAGGAGAACAGCCCUUACCCUGCUCGCUAUUCGGGGGACGAGAGCUUGCAGGCCUGGGGCGGCCAACCGCAGGCACUGCCCGGUGGUGUGGCCAAGUAUGAAGACAACCUGAUGAAGAAGACGGCGGCGCUGGCAGGCGGGCGGCCCUACCACGAGCCAGCAGCUGCCUCCUUGCCCUUCCGGACUCAUUUUCAGCAGCAGCAGCAGCAGCAGCAGCAGCAGCCACCCGCGCUCCCCUACCCCAAGCUGCAGCGGCAGAAGCUGCCAAACGACGUCUCCUCACCCAUGCCCUUCUCACAGAGCCCCCACUUCGGGCAGCACUCACAGUCCUUCCCUGCCUCCUCUACCUACUCUUCAGUGCCAGGGGGCAGCCAGCCAGCACACUCCUACAAGAGCUGUACAGCACCCUCGGGGCAACCGCCGCUGGAGCGGCCCCUGGGUAGUGCUGCCAGCCUGGCGCCUGGCCCCCGUGUGCCCAACCUGCACGGCUACCAGCCCAACCGCAUCGGCUACGAACAGCCCCCGCAGCCCCCACCGCAGCCCCCACAGCCGCCCCCACCCCCGCAGCCCCCGCAGCCCCCGCAGCCCCCACAGCCCCCGCAGCCCUUGCAAGGGCGGCAUCACACUCCAGAGACCCUCCACUACCAAAACAUGGCCAAAUACCAACAUUACAACCAGCCAGGCCAGACCUACUGCCAGGGCGAGGCACCACCUGUCCGGACACCGGAGCAGUACUACCAGACCUUCAGCCCCAGUGCUAGCCACUCGCCAGCUCGCUCUGUUGGCAGGUCCCCAUCCUACAGCUCCACUCCUUCCCCUUUGAUGCCCAACCUGGAGAACUUCCAGUACAGCCAGCAGCCGCUGAGCACUGGCACGUUCCCAGCCGGCAUCACCGACCACAGCCAUUUCAUGCCACUGCUGAACCCUUCUCCCACUGAUGGCUCAAGCCCUGAUGCUCAAUCUGGGAACUGCAAAACCUUGCAGAAGGAGAAGCUGCCUGAAAAUCUGCUCUCAGACCUGAGCUUGCAGAGCCUAACAGCACUGACCUCCCAGGUGGAGAACAUCUCCAACACUGUCCAGCAGCUGCUGCUUUCCAAAGCUGCUGUGCCCCAGAAAAAGGGAAUCAAGACUCCAGCAAGGACCCCUGAGCAGCUCAAGGGGCAACACUGCAGCCCUGAGAGCAGCACCUACUCAGCAGAGCAGGUGGGGACACCCCUGUCUGACCCACUGAGCACGCCUCAGUCCGUGCACGCCGAGACGCAGGAUGCCGACUACCUGAGCGGGUCAGAGGAUCAGCUGGAGCGGAGUUUCCUGUACUGCAACCAGAACCGCAGCCCUGCCCGUGUCAAUAGCAACUCCAAGGCAAAGCCUGAGUCAGUGUCCACCUGCUCCGUGACCUCCCCGGAUGACAUGUCCACCAAAUCAGAUGACUCCUUCCAGAGCAUCCACGCCAGCCUGCCCCUGGAGACCUUUACCAAGUAUGUGACCAACGAACCGGACUGUCCCCGGCUGCUCCUCAGUGCCCUGUCCCAGGAGGAGCUGGCUUCCGAGAUCAUUGUCCUGCAGGAUGCCAUCAAUGAGAAGGCAGACAAAGCCUGGGCCAACUCGCCCAUGCUGAGCAAGGAGGCCACCAAGUCCCCCUUCCAGCUGGAGAAUCACAGACCCUGCUUGGAUUCCAUGGUAAAGGGCACCUGGCCCAGCCAGGGUGACUCCAGCACCCUCACUGAACCCCUCAAGCUGGAUAAGGCUUCAGGGGCCAGCACAGGGAAAGACUUUGGCGAGGAGGUUUUCGAGGGUCCUCAGGUGGAGUUUGCAGACACUGAGACCAAGGAUGCACUGAAGGACACAGCCUCACUGGCCUUCAACUCCAAGCCCAGCAUCCCAGCAUCAACAUCAAGUGCAGGAGCCACCAACUACAGCUGCUACUCAAACACCACAGCCAACUCGGUGGGGUCUGAGAACACCAUGGAGCACUUUGAGUGGCCGGAGGAGAGCCUGGGCGAGGAGUGCCUGCGAUGGAAGGAUCUGCAAGCCACCGAGCUCCCCAAGGGCUUGUUCCCUAGCAAAUUGGGCUCCUGCAAGGAGAAAAAAAAUGCCUGCGGCUUGGAUCUGUGUGACGGCGAGCAGCCAGCCAAGAGCGAGCCAGCCCAAGACUUCAGCCAGCAGGCGAUAGAGGAGGAAGAGGAGACGCUGACCUAUGAUGAAGCAACAAAGGCAGACAGUGAGCGGUGGCUGCAGGACACCCGGCACUGCUGCUCGACUGGGGACUUCAGCGAGAUCCCCAUCAUCUCCUCACCAGAGCUGAAGGAAUCAGACCUGGAGGCAGAGGAGUACUCCUCGCUCUGUGAGCUGGCUGGAUCGGAGCAGAAGUCGGUGACGUUCGAUGCCUCAUCGCCCAAGCCCCCGGAGAUGCCUGCAGUGCUGUCCUCCAGUGAGGUGCCUGUGUCUGCCGAGGAGACCGUCAGCACGGUGGAGAAGGAGAGCUCAGCCCCGACCCCACGCCUCUCUGACGAGUCUGUCAUCCUGCUGGGCCCUACCGUGGGCACGGAGACCAAGGUCAAGAGCUGGUUCAAGUCCUCCCUGCCCCACAUCCAGCCCGAGGAGGAGAGCGGUGGAGGGGAGACGUCCCACCCAGAGGUGGCCAGUGCCGAAUCCACCCCGUCGAUUGCGGCGAAGCAGCAGCUCACCCCUGAAAACACUCCGGGGAAGACGGAGCCCGUCUCACGGGGCAAAAGCCUCCGCAACAAGAGGGUCCACUGCCGGCUGCCAGAGGGAGAUGGCCCUGGCAGUGCUGUGCCAAGCCCCUUCGACGACCUCUCAGCACCUGGCAGUGUGGCCAGUACCUGCCUCGGGCCAGAUGGCCAAGGGGAGAUAUCCAGCAAGAACUCCCACAGCCAGACGCCACGGUUCCCAGCCGAGGGGCUGCCCGCUCGCAUGUGCACCCGCUCCUUCGCUGCCCUCGCUGAGCCCCGCACCCCUGCCCCGCUGGAGGGGCUGAAGGCCCCCAUGCACCAGGAGAAGCUGGGGAAGAAGCCUGCUUGUGGUGUGAAGCAGAGAGUUGGUUUCAGAGCCAGGAAGCGCAGCAGCCGGCCAGGCCCCAAAAUGGUCCAAAAUGCCAGCGAUGCCACCCUCCUGGUGCCCAGCUUGGUGGUGGCAGAGGAGGUCUCUGGGCCAAUGCCAGCAGAGGGGGAUGCAAUGGAGGUGGGGGACAGGGACCAGCGGUCAAUGAUCCUGCGCUCCCGGACAAAGACACAAGAGGUUUUCUACACCAAGAGGCGGAGGGGCAAGCGGGCAGCUGAUGUCCGGCUGAAGAACUGCAAGGCACCCAAAAAGCUCAUCUCCAACAACCACCUGGCACCCACCUUCAAGUUGGCAGCCCCAGGUAGCCCCCACAAGGAGGGCAAGGUGGGUGCCCGGAUGAAGCUGCCCAAAGCAGGGCCAGGCAUGGGGGGCAAAGUGUCCGAGCGGUCUCUGCACUCACUGAAGAGGAAAUCCACCUUCAUCUCCCCCAUCCCUGCCAAGAAGAGGAACCUGGUCCUGCGGAGCAACAGCGGCAGCGUGAAGGAGGAGAAGCCUGAGGCACCUCCCAGCCUCUUCAAGAAGAUGCCUGUCACCAAGAAGGUGAAAGCCAAGCUGCCCCCUAAGAGCUCUGGUGAAGCUGUCCCAAAACCCCCCCAACCAAAAGAGGCUCCCGAUGUCUGCAUCAAGAUCACCUCCCGGGCAGCUUUCCAGGAGGCCACCAAGACCAAAGUGCUGCCUCCCCGCAAGGGCCGUGGCCUCAAGCUGGAGGCCAUCGUCCAGAAGAUCACCUCCCCCAACCUGAAGAAGUUCGCCUGCAAACCAUCAGCCACCGCAGCAGUGGCCACGGUUGCUGCCUACAGCACCUCCCUGAACCCGGUAGGAGCAGAGAGGGAGCGGGCAGUGAAGCACAGUGGGGUGGCUCUGGCGGUGGGUGACACAAGGCUGUCUAAGCCAGCGAUGGCUCAGAAGGUGCCCCCCAUGCCAGCAGCUGAUCAGCUCUGCCGAAACCCCAACGGCCGAGCGCCGAAGGGGAAGCUGGGCAGCGGGAAGAAACUCUCUGCCGACAGCUGCCAGGCUGAGGCCUGCGCACCCGCCCUGGGCACCCAGCCCAGCUCUGCCAUGACGGCCAAGAGCCUGGGGCUCCUGGGACCCAAGAAGAGGAACCGCAAGGGCAAAGCAGCGGCAUUAGGUGUGGCAAAGGCCCCCAUGGGCCCCACACCAAUGCUGUUGUCCCGGGAGCGUGCGGCCGGUCCGGGUGGUGGGGAAGAAGCACCACGGGAGGGCAAGAAACCAAAGAGUGAGGACAAAGAGACUGGAGGAGGCGAGGGUCCUCCUGAGAACCGCUCCACUGGUGGGCCAGCACGGGGACCGAAGCCACGGGCCAACCACUCCAACUACAAUGGCUACUCCAAGCGGCAGCGUAAGCGUCUGGCCCACGGCAAGGCCAAGGCAGUGCCGGCGCGGUGCAAGAGUCGCGGCAAGCGGCGGCGGCAGCCCCAGCAGGCCCCACUGCUGCACCCUGCCGAGCCUGAGAUCCGGCUGAAGUAUAUCUCCUGCAAGCGGCUGAGGGCGGACAGCCGGGCACCCCCCUUUGCCCCCUACGUCCACGUGGAGCGGCGCGGCGAGUUCACCACCACCUGCACCAUCAUCAACUCGCCCGGCGACGAGGCCCGGCUGCAACGGGGACCAUCCGGGCCAGCACCGCGACCACGGGCAGCCCUACCUGCCUCGUCCACCAUGCAUAUGGGGCCGGUGGUGUCAAAGGCACUGAGCGCUGCCUGCCUGGUCUGCUGCCUGUGCCGCAACCCUGCCAACUACAAGGACCUGGGGGACCUCUGCGGGCCCUACUACCCUGAGGACUAUCUGCCCAAGAAGAAGUCGCGGAUGAAGGAGAAAGCACGGGCAGAGGGGCCGGGCGAGGACGUAGUGCCGCCCGCCGCGGCUGAGCGGGCGCCACGAGGGACAGAGGGCAGCUGCGGCGCCGGCAGCAAGGCAGCUCGGCCAGAGGGUGCCGCCGAGGUGGCCAAGCAGAGCGCGUUGCGUUCCAGCCCGCGGGGCAUGUUCCGUAGGCUGCAGAGCUGCUACUGCUGUGACGAGAGGACAGAGGGCGAGGAGGCGGCCGAAAAGCCCCGGCGGCACGAAUGUCACAAGACUGAGUCCCCGCCGCAGGAGCUGGCGGGAGACACGCAGGAGCACUGGCUGCACGAGGCCUGUGCCGUAUGGACCGCGGGGGUUUUCCUGGUGGCAGGGAAGCUCUACGGGCUGCAGGAGGCCGUCAGGGCGGCUGCUGACCUGAAGUGCUCAAGCUGCCAGCAAGCGGGAGCCACCGUGGGCUGCUGCCAGAAGGGCUGUCCCCACACCUACCACUACGCGUGUGCCGUCGACACAGGUUGCUUAUUAACCGAAGAGAGCUUCUCUCUGAAAUGUCCCAAACAUAAGAGGCAGCCAGUGUAGCCCUGCCACCAGCGAGGGACCGGUGGAAGAGGCAGCACCCUGGGAGAAGAGUGGGGCCGGCCUGGGCUGUACCAGGAGCUGCCCUGCUGCAGGUGGGCACAGCGCUGCCCCCCGUGCCUCCCAUCCCGAGCCCAUUCUGGGCGGGCAGAGCCAGCGCCAGGUUUUCCCUCCUGCCAAACCCCAGCAAAACAUGGGCAAAUCAAGCCAGUGCCAGGUUUUCCAUCCUGCCAGACCCCAGCAAAACCUGGUUUGGCUGCUUGGGAGAGAUGGAAGAGAAUCCUCCAGACAGUGCCAGUGCCAGGUUUUCCCUCUGCCAGACUCCAGAGAAAAAACAGCGUGGCUGUAUGGGAGAGACUGAAUGGGAUCCCCUCAAAGGCAGAGCCAGUGCCAGGUUCUCCCUCCUGCUGGGACCCUGGCAAAACCUGGCCUGGACGUACAGGAGAGGUGGAAUGGGAUCCUCCAGGCUGAGCCAUUGCUGGGUUUUCCCUCAUGCCAGAUCCUGGCAAAACUCGACCUGGCCUUAUGGAAGACAUGGAACAGGAUUCACCGGGAAGAGCCAGCACUGGGUUUUCCUUCCUGCCAGGCCCUGGUAAAACUCAGCCUAGCAGUAGAGAAGAGAUGGAGUGGGAUUGCUCGGAUAGAGCCAGUGCCAGAGUUUUCCCCCUGCCAGGUUCCCAGUAAAACCCAGCCUGGCUGUAUGGGAAAGGUGGAACAGGAUCCUCUAGGGAGAGCCAGUGCUGGGUUUUCCUUCCUGCUGGGCCCCUAGUAAAACCUGGCCUGGCAGAGAGGGAUGGAAUGGGAUCCCUCGGCCCUCGAUGGCUGCACAGGGGGGGAGGGGGGAGGGAGGGGCCGUGUAAAAGGGAGGGGUCCAGCAAUGUUGUCUUACAGUGGGGCUGCCAGACCCGCUGCGGGUCCUGGCUCUCCACAUCUCACACUGAUCUGAUCUGAGAUGUUGCCUUCAGCAAACCUCACGGUGUCUGUCUGUAUAUACCUGUGGCAGAGAAAAGAUAGAGGA